AAUUUUGUCAUUAUCAUCAACGGAGGGAUGCCGUCGAGUGCAGAGAAAAGUCUCUGGGCGGUCACAUCUUCGUUGGCUGCAGCGCCGCUGAGAGGUCAGCCUUACGCACUCUUCGCCUUUCACAACCAGGUUGAAAAUAAAACGGAAGAAUGAGUGGUGACGGAGGCUUCGGCGAGGAUCUGAUCAUGGUGGACGAGCAGCUGUCGUCGUCGACGCUGCGGGGCGACAGUUUUAUCUCGCCAUCGUCACCGCUGCUGAUGGACGACCUGUCCCUGGGGCCGGACGCCCCCUCGACGACCCCCGGCACGGCGCAACUACCCUCGCAACUGGCCAUGUUCGGACUGCUCGACUAUACAGUUUUCAGCGCCAUGCUGGCCAUGUCGGCGCUCAUCGGCGUCUAUUUUGCCUUCUUCGCCAAACAGAAGCAGAAUACCACCGCCGAGUACCUGAUGGGUGGCAAGAAUAUGGGCAUUUUUCCCGUUUCAAUGUCCCUCAUUGCCAGCUAUAUCUCUGGGAUCACGUUGCUAGGCAUGCCGGCUGAGAUUUACGUCUACGGAACGCAGUACUGGUCGGUGUUAAUCGCGAUUCUGCUCAUGUCCAUUGGCUGCGGAGUCUUCUUCCUACCCGUCUUCUACAAACUGCAGCUCAACACGUCCUACGAAUAUCUGCAGCUGCGAUUCGACCGUCGUGUUCGCCUGCUCGGCUCGUUCCUCUACAUAAUCAGCACGUUGCUGUACAUUCCGAUUGUGGUCUACAUUCCGGCUCUUGCAUUUAGCCAAGUCACCGGCGUGAAUUUGCACUUGGUUACACCGCUCGUGUGUCUCGUCUGCAUUUUCUACACAAGCCUGGGCGGAAUGAAGGCGGUUGUUUGGACGGACGCCCUGCAGACAAUUCUCAUGUUUGGUGGCGCAAUUGUGGUUGUUGUCGUUGGCACAGUCGCUGUCGGAGGCAUCGAUGUUGUUUGGCGCCGCAGCGAAAUGAGUGAACGCAUCGAAUUCUUCAACAUGGAUCCCAGCCCAACUGUGAGGCACACGUUUUGGAACAUUGCGUUUGGAAGUUUCUUUGGCUGGAUAACCCAUAUUUCCGUCAACCAAGGCAUGGUGCAACGCUUUUUGGCCAUGCCUUCGAUUAAUAAGGCUAGAACCAUGCUAUUUAUUUUUUGCGUGGGUGUGAUGGUGAUCGUGUCUGUGAGCUGCUACACCGGACUUUUAAUUUACGCCACAUACCACGACUGCGAUCGAGUGACCACCAAAAUCAUUCACGCGAGCGACCAACUGCUGCCCUACUUUGUGAUGGACGUCACCGGCUUCAUCCCGGGUCUACCAGGUCUUUUCAUGGCUGGUGUUUUUAGCGCUGCAUUGAGCUCCAUGUCCACUGGCCUGAACUCGAUGGCUGGUGUUAUCUUCGAGGACUACAUCAAACCCCGCUUGAGUGGAAAAGUUUCCGAGGCUAGAGCCAGCUUAAUGAUGAAAAUCAUUUGCGCGGCGAUAGGCGUCUUUUGUGUCUGCAUGGUGUUCAUCGUGGAGAAUCUCGGUGGCGUGCUGCAGGUGUCAGGCAGCUUGGGCGGAGUUACCAACGGCCCCAUGCUGGGCAUCUUCACCCUCGGCAUGUUUUUCCCGUGGGCCAACUCGAUUGGCACGUUCGUCGGAGGGGUCGCCGGGCUGCUCGUUAUGAGCUGGAUUUCAUUUGGCACGCAGGCGGCAAUUGCUGCGAAAUUGAUAACUUUCCCAAAGAAGCCAGUUUCCGUCGCCGGCUGCACGCACCUCUAUCCCGACGCUUUGAGCAGCAUCGUGGACGAUCCCCUGCUUCCUGUCGAAGUCCAGGAAGAGCCGCUGUCAAUUUACAACCUGUCGUACACGUUGUACUCGCUGACAGGCCUAGUCGUGGUGCUGGUGGUCGGAUUGCUGGUGAGCUACGUGACCGGCUUCCAGGACCCAGAGCAGCUCGACCUUGACCUGCUGACCCCACCGAUUCAGCGAUUCUUCCGAAAGAAGGGAGACGAGCAAGGCAAGGCCAACGGUCGGCCUGCCCGCGCUAAUGGAGAUGUCGAGAACCCGAAGCUGAUGGAGGCGUUGCUCUCGAGUGCUGAUAACGAUGACAAGCGUGGCAGGACGGAGCAGCAAGGCGCGACGGACGAAGAGCCGCAAGCAAGCUGAAAAUAAAAUGUAACCUGGAAAGAACUGAUCUUUAUUUUGAAAAUUAAAGUAUUAUCAUGUUAUAACUGAUUAAA